GCGAAAGCCCGUCUGCACCGUUGCAUUUACCAAGCACAAAGAUGAAAUGUAACGCGUUCCACUGCUUCAGUUAAGAUUUAAUUAUUUUUUUUUAAAACGGAGCAUGAUACUCCGGCACUGCAACGGCCUGACCCGCUUGGGCUAUUUGUUCGGCGACUACAGGCGACUGGGCUGUCGUCACAUGGUCGCCGGGGUGAGGACUGUGUGGUCGCCAGUCGCCCUCAGUCGCCCAAACAGUCCUGACGUCUGAAGAAGGGUCUCCACCUGAAACAUCACCCAUUCCUUCGCUCCUUAGACCCACUGAGUUCCUCCAGCUUUUUGUCUACCUUCCAUUUUUUCCAGCAUCUGCAGUUCUUUCUUAAACGUGACGUUUUUCUUGUUGCCGCUGGGUUUUGUAUUGUUUAAAACGUUUUGGCGACUGUGGGCUUGAUGUAGGAUGUCUUCUCCGGCUGUAGAUCGCCAGGUGAUGUAGGAUGUCUACUCCUGCUGUAGAUCGCCAGGUGACUUAGGUUGUCUUCUCCUGCUGUAGAUCACCAGGUGACUUAGGAUGUCUUCUCCUGCUGUGGAUCGCCAGGUGAUGUAGGAUGUCCUCUCCUGCUGUGGAUCACCAGGUGAUGUAGGAUGUCUUCUCCUGCUGUGGAUCACCAGGUGAUGUAGGAUGUCUCCUGCUGUAGAUCGCCAGGUGACUUAGGAUGUCUUCUCCUGCUGUGGAUCACCAGGUGAUGUAGGAUGUCUUCUCCUGCUGUAGAUCACCAGGUGACUUAGGUUGUCUUCUCCUGCUGUGGAUCACCAGGUGAUGUAGGAUGUCUUCUCCUGCUGUACAUCACCAGGUGACAUAGGGUGUCUUCUCCUGCUGUGGAUCACCAGGUGAUGUAGCUUGUCACCGGGUGGUGACCGAAUUCCAUUGGCGACUCCCUACGUCAACCAGUGAGCGGUACCGACGUCAAGAGAAGUCAAGUGCGACUUUUGAAAACAAGUGCGCAGCUCCACGUGAUCGGGAGUAUAUAGUGCGCAGACAUUCACUUUUUUUUUUUUUCGUUGGCAACGGUGAGCAUUGCGAAAUGGUUCCAAGAAGAAGGCAGGAGCAGCCCCCACUCACCUGGCAGGUUAAGACUGAGGAGAUCCAGGAGAUUGUGGUCCAGGAGGUUGAGGUCAAGGUGGAGGAGGACUUGGAGGAGACCAUGGAGGUGGCCAUAGAGGUGGGUCAUGUCCACAUCACCACCCCACCGUGGACUGGCCGCCCUUUGAAGGCCACAGGUGCUGUUUCUGGCCCAGACUCACACUAUGCACAGGUCACUGCUACCUCACGAAGGGUAAAGAAGCCCUGGAAAAUCGCUCCACCAUAUAACUUCAGCAGGGAACAAGAGGAGGAGCUGGUAGAUUGGUAUCAGGCAAACACUGAUUUAUACGAUAAGAACAGCAAUUAUUAUCGUAGCAAGACGAAAAAGAGCGCACUACUUCACUCCAAGGCGAAGGAGUUCCCUGGCUGCACCUAUGCCCAACUGUGUCGAUGGAUCAAGGGGCAGAGAACCAGGUACGGCAAGUUGUCACGGAGUGCCAGCAGGUCUGGGUCUGGUGGCAAAAAAGUUACAGAUAGGGAGCAAUGGAUACUGGACAAAUGGGCCUUUAUGGAAACUCACAUUAUACGACUAGAGAGGAGGCGGAGCACCAAGAGGUUUGAGAAGAAGACACUGCCUAGAAUCUCCAGUGAGGAUGCUCUUGAUGCUCUUGAGUUUGAGUUUGAGAAGAAGACACUGCCUAGUGUCUCCAGUGAGGAUGGUCUCGAUGCUCUUGAAGUAAUCUCUGAACCCACCCCCUCCACCAGCCAGCAGCACAGUGCGAGGAGAUGGAUCACUGCCAGCCCCACUGUCGGCUCCACUACAACUACAGCUGAGGAAGAGGAGAGACAGGCGACUCAGCGGGAGCUGAUCAAAGAGCUCGUGCAACAGGCAACAGGAGCCCGGGAAGCCAGGCACUCCAUGAUACAGCCCCAGACAUCACAUGAGAGGGCUGUUGACACCUUCUUGGCCUUCUUAAAAACAGAGCUGCUGAAGAUUCCCGAAAAUGUGUGGAAUAACUACACCAUCGACGCCUUGUCGAGGGCCCAAAGCUUCUCUCGGCCGUGCCAACCAUCUUUAAUGAAAGAGGAAACAUAAUUGAAAUUUGUGGACUACAUUCAGUGGCUUGAAGUUUGUAAAUUUUUGUAUAAUAUCCUCCGUGCGUGGAAUGUACCAAUUCAUGGAAGGAAUGCCUUCUCCACAAUCACAGCUGGAUUCCCAGAAUACACCAGCCUUGAUACACCCAUACAUACACCAAGAGAUACAACCUGAUCAGAGAUCCAGGACUCUCGUGGAGACUUGUCUAAACCUCACAGAUUUAUCGGACACACAUCACCAAGUGUAUUGUGUCCAUAAAUGAUGUAAAGCCCAUUAUUAAGAACAACUAAAAUCAUGUUAUUUGCAAUGUAAUGUUAAAUAAAGAAAUUAUUUUUUGUUAGUUAUGGUUAUUCAUAGAUUUAUUAUAGAUUUCAAUUGAAAUGUGGUUAUUAUUUUUCAGUAGGAACUGCAGUUUGCUCCUAUUAACCUUGUUUAAGAAAUGGUUUGCUUCAAUAUGAUGUUCUUUCUAAUUUAAUUUUAAAUAAAGACAUUAUUUUAGUUAAAAUUAUGGUUCUUCAUAGAUUUAUCAUAGAUAAUUUCAAUUCGAAUGUGAUUAUUAUAUUUGUGUAUGCACAGCAGUAUGCUUCCUGUGUUAAAACAACGGUUGUUUUAAUAUCAAUAAAGGAAAUGUUUGACAUUUUUAUGACAA